UAUAAGUAGACCUGCAGAGCAGGUUAGUGUUGAUGUCCUUGUUUGUCCUCCAUUUAGACAGUGGCCUGGAUCCUGUCACUUCACUGUGAAGUCUGAAGACUUUCUCCGGCCUAUGAUUAAAUGGAAUAGCUCUCUACUACAGCUUCUCCCAAGAAGAUCCUCACAGAAUUGUGGGACUGAAAUAUGCGCAUAAUCAUAGAACAGAGUUCACUUUGAACUUUAAGCUUUGUGCCUUACCCAGGUCUGCUUUGGAAAUCGGAAACUUGAAUCAAUGUUAUCGGAUGAGUUAGAGUCUAAACCAGAGCUGCUGGUUCAGUUUGUUCAGAACACAUCUAUUCCACUAGGACAAGGGCUUGUGGAACCGGAACAUAAAAAUAUUACCUGUCUCUCUCUCCUUCCAGUUACUGAAUCCCCAGAAUGCAACAGGUUAAUGUUGCCAGAUGACUCUCCAGGUCAUGCUAGCCCUUCAAAGGAUGUUUCCUCUUCUGCUGUCUUGCGAAGUCUCCAGGUGAAUGUUGGCCCUGAUGGUGAGGAGACAAGGGCAGAAACUGUGCAGAAACCAUCUGAGCUUCUGCCAAGUCCCGACACUUCUAGUUUAUUGCAAGACCUCCAACCUAGUGAUAGCACUUCCUUUAUCCUCCUCAAUUUAACGCGAACAGGCAUUGGCUCACCAUCAGAGCACUUGGUGUUUGUCCAAGAUGAAGCAGAGGAUUCUGGGAAUGACUUCUUCUCCAAUGAUAGCACAGACAGCAGUACCCCAUGGUUUUUACGAGUGCAGGAACUGGCCCAUGACAGUUUGAUUGCUGCCACUCGAGCCCAGCUCGCCAAGAAUGCCAAAGCAAGCAAUAAUGGUGAAAAUGUUCACGUUUGCUCAGGAGACCCCCAACUGAAAGAAUCCAGUCCUAUCCCUCACCUGCCCCGUGUGGAGAAACAACUGAAGUGCACAGUCGAGGGCUGUGACAGGACAUUUGUGUGGCCGGCCCACUUCAGAUAUCACCUAAAAACCCACAGGAAUGACCGUUCCUUUAUUUGUCCUGCAAAAGAUUGUGGGAAAAGUUUCUAUGUACUGCAGAGGUUGAAGGUGCAUAUGAGAACGCACAAUGGCGAGAAGCCAUUCGUCUGUACUGAGCUAGGCUGUGGGAAACAGUUCACAACAGCUGGGAAUCUGAAGAACCAUCUGAGGAUUCACACUGGGGAAAAACCCUUCUUGUGUGAUGCUCAGGGGUGUGGUCGUUCCUUUGCUGAAUACUCCAGCCUUCGGAAACACCUGGUUGUCCACUCAGGAAUAAAGCCCCACCAAUGCCAAAUCUGUGGGAAGACAUUUUCUCAGAGUGGUAGUAGGAAUGUUCACAUGAAGAAACAUCAUUCUAGAGCUGGAACAGUUAGCAACAUUAGCAACACACAGCAUGAACCUACAGAAUCGCUGAUGGGCAGUAGUUUGUUGGAAGAAUCUGAAGUACCCAGUAAGAACCUGGUGUCCAUAAGCUCACCACCUAGCCUUGAUGUAGCAUCCUUGCACCUGCCUGACACUGAAUCGAUUAUUGGUGUAAAAGAGGAGGUUCUUGUAGAAGCAGCAACAAACUCUCUCCAUGCUGCAUCUGAUGUCGUGUUGCCAUCUCACCAUCUAAUGCCCAUGUCGACAUCCAGGCAUUCUUAUGGGGUGUCAGCUUUGCUUCAGUAAAUCCACAGUUACAGAAGGAAGAGCCAAGCAAUGAAGUAUUGAACACAAGCAAUGAAGCUAAAGAAUAGGUUUCUGUGAUGUGCUCAAGAAGCUCUCUGGUACCAGAAUUCCCAGCAUGUAUGCUGUGCCUUUAGCAUACUUUUUAUGUGACAACCUGGUUUAGUCACUGGAAAUGCUUCCUGAAGAAUGGAUUCUGGAAUUACUACUAAUAUAUGAACAGUAUAUUGUUCCUGUUGAACAUGGUGCCCAGAAGUCAGGAGGCAAUGUUUUUACAACUAGCUCUAAGUCACUUUUUCCCUCCUGAAGUGGAUCAUAGGUUCUGGUGUCAUACUGGCUUGUCCUUCUUGGGAAGAAUCUUUAGAUUGUAGUGCAUUCUGCAGUAAGGCACUUCACUCUGCUCUUGCUUCUGAGCUGUAGGGGUGGUUAUGUGGCUUUUUUUCUUGGAGCUGGAGUUUCUAUAUCCUCUUGCUUUGUGCAGAUACAUCAACUAAUGCUGCUUAUGCUCCACACUGAAGACCUUCAGAAGAUUGCAUCAGACACCCUUGUACUUGCUUCUCUGUGUGACAUUUUAAUUUCUAAUUAUUAGGGCCUUUAAUUUAAACAAAUCAGACAUAGAAACUAUUGUGUUUUCUUGUAAAUAAAUGAUGUACUUCCAACUCCAAA